AUGUCGGCCCCUUCUAUCGCCAACUACAUUGCCAAGCGCCCUUUCCUGAGGCGCUGGAUGCAGCCCAUUGCCAACUGGUAUGUCGACGCUGCUGGCUACAGGAAACUCGGUCUCAGAUUCGAUGACCUGGUUCCCGAGGAGAACUUGACCGUUCAGACUGCUCUCAAGCGUCUUCCCCCUAAGGAGGCCUACGACCGUGUCUUCCGUAUCCGCAGAGCUUUCCAGUGCUCUAUUUCGCACACCCUUCUCCCCGUCGAGGAGCACACCAAGCCCAGCGAGGAUGUCGAGUACCUGAGCCCCAUCAUCCGCGAGAUCGAGAAGGAGAACAAGGAACGUGAGGACCUCGACAACCUUGCCGUCAAGCGGUAA